GUGCGACCGCGGCCGGGAAACCCCGUGCGGCGCCGGGAGCGGGAUCCAUGAGGCGGCCGCGGCCAUUUUAGCGAGAUCCACCAGAGCGAGGGAGGAGAGGGCGAGGGAAAUAAAUAAAUAAAAUAGAUCGUUAAAACAUCAAUCCGUCGGAGCGCGGGAACGGGGUGGCGGAGCUGAACCGAACCGCAUCGCACCGGCAGCCCCGAGAGUAAGCGAUAAUUAGAAAUGGCUACUGAGGUGAAUGGAAAUGCAGCGCAGGUGAAGGAGGAGGAAGAACCCAUGGAUACCUCAUCUGCUGUCACCCAUUCAGAACACUACCAGGUGCUAAUAGAUGCUGGCUUGCCACAGAAAGUAGCAGAAAGGCUAGAUGAUAUCUUUCAAACAGGAUUGGUAUCUUAUGCUGAUCUUGAUGAGAGAGCUAUUGAUGCGCUCAGGGAGUUCAAUGAGGAAGGAGCACUCUCUGUAUUGCAGCAGUUUAAGGAAAGUGACCUAUCUCACGUGCAGAAUAAAAGUGCCUUUCUGUGUGGAGUAAUGAAGACCUACAGGCAGCGGGAAAAGCAAGGUAGCAAAGUACAAGAUGCCACGAAGGGCCCAGAUGAGUCAAAAAUUAAGGCACUUUUGGAACGGACUGGCUACACUUUGGAUGUAACAACAGGGCAAAGGAAGUAUGGUGGUCCUCCCCCUGAAAAUGUGCAUUCGGGUCCACAACCUGGAAUUGGAACAGAGGUAUUUGUUGGGAAGAUUCCUCGGGAUUUGUAUGAAAAUGAACUCGUUCCUUUGUUUGAGAAAGCUGGCUCUAUCUGGGAUCUGCGACUAAUGAUGGAUCCCCUGUCUGGGCAGAACCGUGGCUACGCUUUCGUUACUUUCUGCAACAAGGAUGCAGCACAGGAGGCUGUUAAACUGUGUGAUAACUAUGAAAUCCGUCCUGGUAAACACAUUGGAGUUUGUAUUUCUGUGGCCAACAACAGACUGUUUGUUGGCUCAAUUCCAAAGAACAAGACCAAGGAAAACAUUAUGGAAGAAUUCAGCAAGGUCACAGAGGGUCUCACUGAUGUUAUCCUCUAUCAUCAGCCUGAUGAUAAGAAGAAAAAUAGAGGCUUCUGCUUCCUAGAAUUUGAGGAUCAUAAAUCUGCUGCUCAGGCCAGGCGGAGGUUAAUGAGUGGUAAAGUGAAAGUCUGGGGUAAUGUAGUCACUGUUGAGUGGGCAGACCCAGUAGAGGAGCCAGAUCCAGAGGUGAUGGCAAAGGUCAAAGUGCUGUUUGUAAGAAACCUGGCUAGCUCUGUAACAGAAGAAAUACUAGAAAAGACCUUUAGUCAGUUUGGAAAACUGGAACGAGUGAAAAAGUUGAAAGACUAUGCUUUUGUUCAUUUUGAGGACCGAGAUGCAGCAGUAAAGGCAAUGGAUCAAAUGAAUGGAAGAGAAAUUGAGGGUGAAGGCAUUGAAAUUGUUCUUGCAAAACCACCUGACAAGAAAAAGAAGGAACGGCAGGCUCAACGGCAGGCAACAAGAACCCAAGUGUAUGAAGACUAUUAUUACUACCCCCCACCUCGUUUGCCACCUCCAAUCAGAGGCAGAGUCCGUGGAAGUAGAGGUGGUAGUUAUGGCUAUCCCCCAGAUUAUUACAGCUAUGAAGAUUACUAUGAUGAUUACUAUGGUUAUGAUUAUCACGAUUAUCGUGGUGGAUAUGAAGAUCCAUACUAUGGUUAUGACGAUGGAUACCCAGUUCAGAGAGGAAGAGGUGGAAGGGGUGGUAGAGGUGCAGUCCCCCCUCCCAGAGGUCGUGGUGUACCACCACCCCGAGGAAGGGCUGGAUAUCCUCAACGUGGAACACCAAUGGGACCUCCAAGAGGUGCUAGGGGUGGCAGAGGAGGCCCACAGCCACCGCAAAGAGGACGUGGAACCCGUGGUGGCAGGGGUAACCGUGGUGGCAAUGUUGGAGGAAAGCGAAAAGCUGAUGGGUACAACCAGCCAGAUUCCAAGCGACGCCAAACCAACAACCAACAGAAUUGGGGCUCCCAACCCAUCGCUCAGCAGCCUCUGCAGCAAGGGAAGCGUGGUUGAGGCUGGCCCUGACCUGUUAUCAUGACACCAACAUCCUAGGUGGGGGCUGUACAGGAAGCUGCUGUUGGAGUUAUAUGGUAAGACAAUUUCUGUGCCAAGUUUUUCCCAAACUACGUAAUAUGUUUUGGCAUCUCAUCUGGAAACUGACCUGGGAAUUAGUGCCUGAUUAACACAGACAGCAUUUCAAAUAUUAAAAAAGUCAGUCAUCUUAAAAAUAAUGUGACUUAAUUUUCUUUGGAACACUAUUUAAUUGAAUGAAGUUUACUUCACUGAAUAAUGGAGGAAAAUUUAUUCUAAAUAUUGGUGUCUAUUGAUUUGGAUCCCUAUUAAACAGAGUUUUGGAACAAGAGUUGGACUGCAUGUGUGAACUGUAUUUCUACGUGUGAAAUACUUCUGAUUAUCGAUGGAUUUUGUGCGUCACUUUCUCAAGAUCAGUAUUUGUGGUCCAGUAUUGAGGAAUGGUGAAAUUGAAUGUUAAUUCAAAAAAAACUGAACACCAAAUUCAGAAUUGGUUUUGGACCAUCUGACUGAAUGGAAGAACGAAAUAUGUUGUAGAUGAUUAUCAUCCUGUCCUGUUAAUUUCUUUGCAAGUAUUAUUAAAUGUUCAAUGAAUGCACCUUGAGAUCUGAUGAAAUUGAAGAUAUUGAAAAAUUUGUGUUAUGUCUGAGAUUUAUUAAGUAAUCAUUUAUUUGGUUAAUAUACUGUGCAGAGUUUGGUGAAAACUAGUAAUGUAUUUGCGUAGUUCUUCCCAAAGGACAUGAAAAAAAAAUCUUGAUCCGAUUGCUAAACAUUUGCAGACAAAACAUCAAAUUAUUUUCUAUCUGUAUCUUUGUGCCCAAAUAUGGUUUGGCUGAAAUUUCUCAUGUUCUGGGUGGCUUUUGAGGGUACAUUUUGAUGUCUUUGAAAUUGAUUCUUGAGUAAAACUGAACUGCUUUUUAAGUGAAUAGAUUUGCCACCUUGACUGUCUAAUAAUUGCUGAUAAUCGUAACUUGGCUUCAUUUGCGUAACCUGCAUUCAUAAAACAUUCCAAAUAUGUAAAUUUGGAAAAAAGAAACAUAGUUUAAACUGAGAUUUGUUAAUUAAUUUUUUUAAAGCAUCUAGAUUUAUCAGUUUUGAUUUUCUUUCUGCAUUCCUGAAAGAAAUCCAACAAAUUGAGCAAAUGUAUUUGCGAAGUGAGGAAAAAUUCCAUUUGCAUCAAGAUAUUCAAUAUUAUUUUCCCUAAAAGUCGGACAGGACAUUCAACAAUUACAAUGUAUUAUUGUUGACCAUUGAUGGUUUUCUGUUGUGUAUGGUCUGCAAGAAAAUAUUUGUAAGAUAAAGGAUAUUUCUGGCAGUCUAUUGGGAUGGGGAAUUGGGAAAAUUUCAGGAAAUUAUCCACACCUGGCUUAGGAGAGAAGACAUUUAACGUACUUGCAAACAAAAGCCCCCCAAUAAUUCUGACUUUUAUUGAAAUUUACACAUCCAAAUAGUCAAUUUCAAAGGAAGUGCCAAUUCUGAAAAUUUAGUUUGACUGGCCACUACAGAAUAUUUAUCUAAUUUUGAAAUACAGUUCUUAAGAAGAAAAGCUGCAUCAUAAAAUCUAUUGGAUCUGCUUACCUAAUAUACGUUGUGUUACUGUCUUUGAUGUUGAACUCUUAAAGCCAAGUUCCAAUUAAGUGACCAUUUCCAUUCCAGAUUAUUGCAGCACAAAACAUGUUUUGUCUUUUUGUUUUAAACCUAAUCCAUAAUUUUAUACUUGCAUGUAGAGGUGGUGUAUACCGAUCAGUGAUAUACAAAAUAUACCUUACAUUUAUGGUGUGAUUAGACUGACUUAGGACGUCCAUCUCCUCUGUUGCAUAUUCAGUGACACACCAUUAUCCUAAAAUCCAACACUCAGAUUUGAACAGGCAUGUUCUUCCCAGAAUCGACAUUGUUAUGAAGAGAUGUGAGAGUGAGCUUUUCUGUCUUUUGCUUUGUUUUCCAGUUUGUUGGCUCCAUGUUGAAAAUGAGUGGUAUAAGAAUCUUGAAUCUUCCAUUAAAGUGUUUCACAAAAGUCGCAUUGUGAUUUUGCCUGUAUUUGAUUUACUAAAUUGUGUAUUAUAAGGUCAGCUUAGUAUGUGAGGCGUUCAGAUAAAUUGCAUCUGAUUCAAUAUGGAGCGAAUAAUGAAGGAGCAAGUCCUUCUGAGCAGAAUUUCCUGGUUUAUCAAAAACAAAGCUGGACGUUUGAUGAUUAAUCGUCAUUGUGGCAUUUCUGGGUAAAUGGCAUUGAUUUGUAGGGAUCUAGUUGUGGGUUACAGUUAGUAUUCUUGUUUUGUUUAACAUGUAUAAAUGUGAAAUGUAGAAUGCCACUGAGGUGAGGAUUAUUUGUGUAUUAAUGCUGCACUUGGAAGUUAAACAAGCUGCAGUGAAUGUGCCUUUGCAUUGCCACUUGCAACUGAGAAAAGCUUGUAUUACAUAAGCUAUGCAGCAGGCCAUGCGUGUCAUAUACAGAGUUGGUCUAUAAUUUUGCAAGCAUUCCUUUUUGUAAAGUUGAACAAUUAUCUUUUAAAACAUAUAAAUUCUAAUUCUAUUUCCUACUAUAAAACACACAUUUAGAUCCAAUAAUUUCAUGAAGUGAUCAUGAAGCAGCAAUGAUUGUACUGAUAUUAAAUGAAAAGAGAUACGUACCUGCAGAGUCUGCCAAUAGGUCAUUUUUGAUCAGGAGCUAGUGAGAAUUAAUGAUAUGCUGAGUCAGGCUUGCAUUUGCCUUCUCGGAGCUGCAUUAUCAGUAAGAUUAGGCCAUACUUUGGAACUUCAUUGCUUUGAUGUCACUAUGUUCGAAGCAGUAUGGCCAAGAUUUACAAAUGAAUUAGUUCUGUUCAAUGCAGAAUAAUGUUCUCCUGAAUUGAAGAAAGCCAAAAGUGAGAACUUGAUUAUGGAACAAGUAUUAAUUUGAAUUUAUGUUGAACAAGGAGGUUUCAACUUUAAAAAAAAGUUUUACUUGGAGAGCGAGCACUUUUGUUCAGUUUUGUAAACUUAUUCGGAAGGACAUAUAACAAGCAAAUAUGCCAAAAGAUGUAAUGGACCGAGUAACUUAAUGAGCGGCAGUGCUUCGAUCUCAACCUUUUUACCAUGCAGGUGUGCUUCAAUUUUGUUGUAAUCUAUCCAGUGUUCAUGAAAAUGUCUUCUGAUUUUGAAGAUUUUCACCAAAUAAAGGGUCAAAAUUUAAAACUUGAUCAGUAUUUGACUUCUAUCUGGAUCUACAUGUUGAAGAAUACCUCUCUAUACGAAAAGCCGUUUAUCUUAUAAUGGCAAGCUCUGAAUGCUCACGUUCAAAACCACAAUUUGAAUUAUUGCUUUUGAAAACGAACAUUUUCUAAGAUUUGGAGCAGAAGUUGAAAAUCUCUAGGUUCCUCUUUUUUGUGCGACUCAAAUGUGUAUACAGCACAAUUGAAUAAAUCCCACAGAACCAACUGCUUUAUUUCUAAUAAAUCUUCCUAAUCAGUAACUGAAUACUUGCAACCAUAUUCUGUUGUGCUUUAAAGUUAUGUUUUUGCACAAUUCGUCAGGUUUUGUUAUAACAAAAUAGUUAUAUCUGGCAGGUUUAAGCAGAUUCUGCAUUACCUACUGUUGCCAUAGAGUGGACACAGUUCUUUGGAGCUUAGUGGCACCAAGCAAGGUGACUAGGUCAUUACGUGAGCAUUGUUUGCCACUGCCGUAGAUGCUCUUGCUGCACUGAUUGCAACUUGCUGAAAGGAAACAUGGCCCAAGAAGUAAAGCAUUUUCACCACAAGAUGGCAGUCUGCAUUCAUCAACUCCGUUGUCUUGAAGAAAGUGAACCAUUAGAAAUGUUUUCUUCACAUAAGGAAAUUUACACUUCAGGAACUUGUGCUUCACCUUCAGAAUUAAUCAUCAAGUUCCCUUUUAUACGUAUUAGGUAGAUUUCAUUCCUCCGACAUUUGCUCUAGUAUGUCAGACUCUAAGAUAAGAUGAGAUCAUUUGAUAAAGUGAAGAACUUAUUUGUAUCAAUCUGCAUAAAUAAAAAAAACAGUAAUUUUGAGAUUUAGAUGUGGGAGAGUGAUUUGACUUGAUAUCAAAAUGUCCUCUAGAAAAGAUAUUAAUGAAAGAAUUCUAUUUCCUAGUACCUAAUGCUUAAGUUAUACCAAAUUUAAACACGUAUUCUUUGUACUGUCUUUAAUAAAAUGUUGCUAUUCUG